AGAUUCCGGAAAACCCCGUGAGGGUAGCCUGGGGCGGAUGCCGAUGCGGCCUCGCGGCACCCGGCUGCCUGCCGGCCGCCUGCUCUUGGUGAACAAUGAGAACGGGGGCUGUCACUGCGGGGAAGGGCUGUUCAGAGAGGACUGGCGUUUCUUCCCAGACACGGGGGCGCGGUGGCGGAGGGAGCCAUGUGCCCUGGCUUCGGUGACAUCCUCUGUCAGGACGCGCCCAGCUCUCCAUGAAGCUGCCCCAGGGCAGUGCGCUGCUCCACGUGGGAUGCAUCCGUGCGGACCUCGGGGUGCCCUCAUGGGAGAGGGCGGGGCUGCCCACCUUGCCGGGGCCGGAUGGAGUGUGCUGGCUGGGGGUCCCCUUUCCCCGCAGGAGAGAGAGCGUUGGAGGGGUUGGCCCCUGCCUGCCAUUAUUCAGUCACAGUGUCACGCAGAGACACCCGAGUGCGCUCCCAGGAGAGCAGAUCCAGGAGCCCGUGAAGCCUCAGACAGCAAGGUCCUGACGUGUGCGGCCGUGUGGAGGAUGCCGAAGGAAUUGGAGCCCGGCAGCCACGAGUCCCCUGAUGACUCAUCGAGCCCCGCGCACACCCUGGAGCUGCUCUGUCACCUUGACGACACGGCCCACGGCAGCGUGGCCUGUGUGGUGUGGGAGCCCACGGGGGACGGGAGGAGAGUCAUCUCGCUGGCCGACAGCCACAUCCUGCUAUGGGACCUGCAGGAGAGCUCCAGCCAGGCCGUGCUGGCCGGUUCGGCGUCCCUGGAAGGGAAGGGACAGCUGAAGUUCACCUCGGGACGGUGGAGCCCUCACCACACCUGUACCCAGGUGGCCACCGCGAAUGACACGACCAUCCGAGGGUGGGACACGCGGAGCAUGAGUCAGAUCUACUGCAUAGAGAACGCCCACGGGCAGCUGGUGCGGGACCUGGACUUCAACCCCAACAAGCAGUACUACCUCGCCAGCUGCGGGGACGACUGCAAGGUCAAGUUCUGGGACACCCGAAAUGUCACCGAGCCCGUGAAGACCCUGGAGGAGCACUCGCACUGGGUGUGGAGCGUCCGCUACAACCACUCGCAUGACCAGCUCGUGCUCACGGGCAGCAGCGACAGCAGGGUCAUCCUGUCCAACAUGGUGUCCAUCUCCUCCGAGCCCUUCGGCCACCUGGUGGACGACGACGACCUGAGCGACCAGGAGGAGCGCCGUCCGGAGGAGAAGAGCCAGGAGCCCCCGCAGGACAGCGUCAUCGCGACCUACGAGGAGCACGAGGACAGUGUGUACGCCGUGGACUGGUCGUCCGCCGACCCCUGGCUGUUCGCCUCCCUGAGCUACGACGGGAGGCUCGUCAUCAACCGGGUGCCCAGGGCCCUGAAGUACCACAUACUGCUGUAGCGCGUCCCCGGCCGUCCUCGGCCGGCUCCCCCCCCCCCCCGUCUGUUCGGAGGCGGCUGUCCCCACAGGCCGCCCUCCGGGAACCGGCCUCACCUGCGUCCGCCGCGGGAGCCCCCGCGGCUGCGCAGCCGGGCCUCCGCGAGGGGCCCCGUCUCUGGGGGUGGCGCCAGGACGUGCUGCCCGUCGGUCGCCGUCGGCCUUCUCUGGUCUCUUCGAGGGUGCUGGGAGGGUCACUUAAAGAAAAUAGUAUCUGUUUCCGUAACAUUAACUCCCGUUUCUCUUGAGAUUAAAAGUAAAAUGAGCAAGGCCA